GAGAGAAGAAGCUUGUCAACCACGGAGGGUUUGUGGUCUCCAACUAAAAACUUGGAACCCAGCGACCAUUUUUCCUCUAACUAUUGUGCUUUCCCCAGCAGACCAUGCCUCCCGAGAAGAGCACCCAUCCCAAAACAACAAGCCGGAAGAGUUGGUCGUGCCAGUGUUUCCCCUCCUGCUUCGUAGGGUCUCUCAUCUCCGCCUCCGGUGGCCCCGACCCUCCCAGCCCCUCCGCCGGGUCGAAGCCCAAGCUCUCCUGGUCCCGAUACCGGAAGAAGAAGAAGACCGCUCCCCUCGACGGCGUUCGCCCCAAUAUUAAAGCAUCAGCUCAGGAAAACAGUCCCUUCAAGAAGCCUUCCGAGGGUCGAACCAGUAGAAGCCGAGGCAACGCCCAGCAACUCCAACGCGAUGCAGACUCCCAACUCCAUCAUGGAAUCGAUGCCGAGCAGCCACGCCUUCCCCGAAUCUCCAAGCAAUACAGCACCCGCAGAGAAGAGGUCCCAGCCUCAUGGAAACCCCACACGGUUCGAACCAGGUGCACGACCAAUGACCCCGGCUCACCUGCGCACAUCCAUCCAGCUGCCUCCCAUAAACGCCCGGUCCGGACCGGGUCACUCAAACCAGGGGCUGGGAUCUGGGUCAUGGUGAUGACUCUUGGCGUGAUGGUUUUCUUGGGCCGGGCGUCGGCCCUUAUUUGCCUGUGCUCUUGCAUGUACCUUGUGCCACUUUUGAGUAUGGGCAAAGAUGGUGUCUCUGAUGGCAAUGGGGUGGCUUCAAGAGAAGUUGAAAUGAAUUCAGAGGAGUACAAGAAGAGAGUUAUAUUGGAAGGGUUGUUGGAGAGGAAUGGCCGGAAGCCAUCGGGGUUUUAGUUGCCAUGGCUUCGGCUGGUGGAAUGCAGUAGUGUUGUUGCUGAUUGGUUGAUGCAGAAUAAAAGAUAUACUUCUUUUUUCUCUCUUUCUCUUUUUUUCUUUUUUUUUUUUCUUUUUUUCUUUUUAAAGAUAUUGUUGCAUAGUGUUUUUCAAUUUAUUUUUGAUUUUUGAGUUUGAGGUUUCUCAAGGUGUAAAUGAAUCAUGUGUAUACUAAGAAGUGAUGGAAUUUUGGCAACUUUUAGAACCAUAUAUGGGUAACUUUUGUGACAGCUCUCCGGAUGAUGCUGCUAAUUCAAAAGGUCAAAAUGGAAUUACACAUCUGCAAGUAUCUAACCAUCUAUUCCUGUAAGCUGGUUUGAGAUCGGCAUCUAGCAUCUGCUUUCAAAUUCGUUAUGGACUUAGCUUGCCUUGAAGAAGGAGAAUGUAAUCCUUUAUUUGUUGCAAGGCUUGGGCUAUUGAUGAGUGUCUUUCUGUGUCUGAUCAAAGUAAUUAAUUUUAUGACACCAUAUUUUAAUGGGUAUGGAGAUGUGUUGUUGGCUAUAUUCAUCAUCACUUCUGCAAUUUUUGUACCCAAACUAAGCCCCUGCUGGACUUCAUACUGAAGGGCUUGUAAUAUUGAAAUUUUGGAGAAAAGGAAAUCAGAAGGAAGAAGAAUCAUCAUAUUACGUGAAUAAUAUGAAUGAUAGCAAA